UGAACACUUUCACUUUCCAAACAUCACUUGAAGUGUACUUCCGUGCUUGCGGGACAUCUAUUUCAUCUUCGAAAAUAACUUGAAUAACAACUUGUUGGCCUACAGUUGAAAACGUUUUCAUUACGUCCUCUCCGUCCUUCGUCCAAACGCGCGUCUAUCGGUAUGUGCACUCGUCUGAAUGAAUCAAUCCGCUCGGGGCCUGUAUUGAAAUGUAAAUAGUCUACAUAAUGUCAAUCAAACUUUAAUGUAUCAGUAUAUAUAUAUAUAUAUAUAUACAACCCAAUAUGAACCGGAUCGUUCAUUAUUCAACUAUUAAUAAUAUUCAGUGACCUGGUAAAUAUUGGAUUUUUUCGACAAAGAAAACUGUAUUGAAGAGUUGCAGUUGCGUCUGCGCCAAUGGACCAGUUACAUUUGACAGAUGAGGAGUUACUGCGGUUUUUCCGCUGUAGUAAAACAGAGAUGUCGUGCAUGGAGCAACCACACACCUUUCUUAACCAGCUCCGAGACCACCACCUCAUUCCGGAAGAAAUGUACAAGAAGCUGAUUCCGAUGAGGAGUAAGGAGCUGAGGGAGAAGGGUGUGUACCAGGUGUUGGACUGGGUGGAGGCAGAGAGGCCCGACAGCAUCAAGGUGUUCUGGAACUGUGUGUUCAGGGACCACCUCCUGCAGCAGUACCCCACGUUACGCCUGCUCCGAAACCGCCUGCUGGAUGGGUCGUUCACAUUCUAUGAGAAACUGCCAAAGAAGGUGGAGAAGGAAGAGGAGGAGGAGGAUAAGAAGAAGGCUUCAGAAGAAGGAGAAGAGGAGGAGGAGAAAGAAGAGGAGAAAGAAGAGAAGACAAGAAGGAAAAAUAGUAAACAGAAAGAGAGAAGUGAGAGUGCUGAGGAGGAGCAGCCCAGCACGUCCACCCAGUCCAACCCCAGUCAGAAGAGGAAAGUCCAGAGGCCGACCCACUGUUUACGUUUCAGGAAGGGGGAGAAAGAUGACAUCUGGACCUGGCCCAUCUACAAGACCCAGCUCCCAGUCACCUGUGGGGUCAAAGAAGGCAUUCUCAUCAGGAACAAGCUGGCCAAAGGGGAGAGGUGCAUUGUGGUCCAGGGUCGCUGGUUCACUCCAAGUGGCUUUGAGGAGUUUGGGGGGAAGAAGAGCAGUAACAACUGGAAGUACAGUAUCUGCUGUAGAAACACCACUCUGGGAAAACUGAUCCAGGAAGGCCAUUUAACUUCACCAGACUUUAAAAGAAGAAAGAGUGCACAGGCCAAGAGAGCACUGUUUCCCUCCAACCAAUCAGCGGGCUCAAUCACAGAAUCUGAGGAGGAUGAUGAAGAGGAAGAAGAGGAAGAAGAAGCUGAGCAGGAAAGAGAUGAAGGAGAGAAAGGAGAGCAGGCAAACACUGCUGGAGAGAGCAGUACAGGAGGUAGCCAUUGUGGUGUGGAAAAGUUUGUCUUCAAAGUCACCUGUGGAGCCAAAAAUGGAAUGCUACAUAAGGAUCGGUUUGCAUCAGGGUUGUGUGGAAAGAGCAUCCGUACGGACCAGCGCUGGAUGACCCCGGUGGAGUUUGUGACGGUGGGGUCAGCUCUGGAAGAUCCCUCCUGGAAGAACGACAUCCAGUGGGACGGGAAACCACUCAGCCUCCUCAUCGAGAGAAAGAUCUUGGUCAUUCACUCUCUCCUGUGUAAGUGCAACCUGUGCAGCUCCACGGCCAAAGACAGGCAUGAUCAAGAUAACGAUGACGACUGCUUCAUCUGUAGAAGCCAGGGCAGCUUGAUAUGCUGUGAUGAGUGUCCUCGCUCCUUCCAUCAGAGAUGUCAUCUUCCUAAUGUGGAUGAUGCUAUGCUGGGGGAUAAACUUCUGUGGGUGUGUACAUUCUGUGUACUGAGGACCAGUCAGUCGUGGCGCUACCCCAGUCAACAGACUUACCAGGAGGCCUUAACCUGCCAAAUCUCUGACCACCUACUGGAAUGCCAGUACCUUCUGUUAUGUCUGUACAAUGCGGACGAGGAACACAUCGCUGUGGCAGAUCCUUGCAUCAACGUGAGAAACUACUCCAGUGUGAUAAAGACCCCUAUAUGGCUGGACAGGGUUGUGGAGAAGCUGCAGCAGAAUCUCUACCAAACAGUGCAACACUUUGUGUCUGAUGUGUUCCUUAUCUUCACCAACUGUGCCACAUUUAACAGGGAUAAUGCAGAGUUCUGUGGAAUGGGCGAAAGAUUGAAGGAUCUAUUUGAGAGAGAGUUCAAGAGUAUAUUCAGUAUCCAACUUCAGCAUCCAACUGCAUCCAACAGCCAGUAGAGCCUUCAUCAAGUCUGUACUGUUAUCUCACUAUGAGACAACAGGGAAUAUUCACCAUGCAAUGGUCUUUCUAUACAGCCUUCAUACAGACAUGUACACCAAGUUGUACAGAUCUUAUUUUCCAUGCAUGUACAUUAUUAUCCAUCUAGUCCUUUCAUGAAUUUCUUUCAUUCGUUCUAGCAGUCAAAAUGGGUGUGUGAUAAUAAUUGAAAUAGAAUGAUGGUGAUAACAUUGCAUUUCACACAGUAAAUGUUGCUUUCCUAACUUCUCAUGCAAGAGCCUUAGAAGUCCUUACCUUCCAGGAUUCUUACUUCUGGUUAGGCCUUACUAGAUUUAUGUUCAGGGAUUCUGUCGAAAAUAAACUCAUGAAUUUCUAAAACACUGUACAACAUACCAGAGGUGUUGACUCGAGUCACAUGACUUGGACUCAAGUCAGACUCGAGUCACAAAUAUGAUGACUUGCAACUCGACUUUGACUUUAACACCAAUGACUCGAGACUUGACUUGGACUUGAGAAUUAUGACUCGACCUGACUUGAUACCCUCCCCAAGCCCAAAUAUUAAAAAUGAUGCUAUUAAAAAAACUGUGCAGCACAUCAACUCUUCAUUUAAUGAAUUACAGUUUGAAUCGGAUAGCAGCCAAUCAAAUUGUGCCAGCUGCGAAAAAGUUGUGCGUGGCAGUGCAGAGGAACGUCGACAGGUGAAUUCAGAUGGAGCCCUUGGAAAGAUGAUACCCAAAAUUAUUAUUUUCGGAUAUAAAGACAACGCUGUAUUGUUAUGGUUGAACUGGCUAUUUGUUUGCAUAACCUAUAUAAUAUACCAGGGAAGCUAUUGCUACAAUAUUAAGUAUAUAAACUACGGAUAAGUCAACUGCUGAAGACAAGAACUACACCCGGCAACAGGAAGUGCGUCACGAGGCUGGGACCAGCCUGCAUGCCAACGAUAGGAUGAAUAAGUUUAAACCACGCUCAUCCUCCCUCUGACAGGCCAGCAUUGAGCGGGAACUAUCUCUGUCAGAGUAUAUAAGGGAGAACAAAAGGAUGUGACGUUCUCUUCGCUGUUUUGCCCUGCGUGGUGUUACAGUGAGACCGUAUAUACGAACAUCAUAUUUUCCAUUUGUACUAUCAUUCUAUUUGCUUAAAGAUGAAUUAAAUAAUCAUUGCAAAACUAA